AUGUACUAUAUCGACGAAUUCGACAACCUACAAGAAACCGGUCAGGGUCCACCAAAAGUCAUCUUCACACUCGAAGCUUUCAACUGCGCCAUGGCAUACGAGAACGCAGUCCCAGUUGGCGUCAUCAUCGGAUUUGUUUCUUCAAUCAUCAUUCUGGUGCUCAUACUGCGCUGGCUGAAGCACAAGAACAAUCAGAGGGAAGCACGUGAGAAGGAUAUCGAGGCAGCCAAGGUCGAGGCUUCUGCGUUCGAUGAUGGAGCAUCAGAUAUCUUGACGCCAGUGGCAUCGCCUAGAGAUGCUUUGUUCCAUCCAGAUCAGCGUGGGCAUGGUGCUGUUACCAACGUGCAUGCUGCAUCGCACAAGACGGAGAAGGAGUGGAGGGCAGCCAGACGGGCUCAAGGACAUGCGUGA